AUGUACCUGGCAGCGCCCAAUCGGUGCCUUACGGCGCGGGACCCGUCGUCGUGGCGGAGCCGGCGGCCCAUGCUUCACUUCGCGCCCCUCCGCACACAGGUGGAGGAGGUCAAGCUGAUCACGAGCCCGGUACCCACCUCCCCGUCCUCGGUGACGUCCGCGUCCGCCGCGACGUCGCCGCCGCGGCCGGAGGUGCGGGCAAAGGUGCCAUCCACCCUGCACACGCCUAGUAAGGCGUGUCAUGUUCCGUCGAUCGCAGGCGCGCAUCAUAACAAGCUGCGUCAGAGGAGUCCGUCGUUGAGCGUCUCUGACGACUUGGUUUCCAGCAGCGAAGGGUCUGAGCGACGUGUCACGCUGCCCACUGUGCAUCCACUAAGUGAAGAUGAAGUAAAACAUGUCGAGGCCUCGUAUAAAAAGUACAUGGCGUCGAUUGAGCGCCCAGGGUCUCUUCUUGCGUUUUUGCAGGAGUUGACUGGCAGCAAUGGCGUCGCGGAGGGAGCGCGGUGGCAGAAACAGCUGGAUCUUUUCUUGGGUACUUCUUCUGAUGAUGCCGUGGGAAGCAGCAGCGAUGUCAACGUGGAAGUGGAAGGUAAAUUCGGCAGACACCCUCGGGUCCUCUCACAGGAGGAGGCGAUUGGCUUCUCCGCCUGGUUAAAGUCGACGCAAGGUGUCCGCUUUGAACCGCCUUCACCAAAGCGUGCCUCCUUUGUUAACACGGAGACUAAAAUAAUAUCUGAUGUUCCGGAGGAAGGCGGCGGGUCGCAUAAUGCUGAAAAGAAUAGCACUUCUUGUAGUCCUCUUCCACUGGCCAAGGCUGGGGAGGUGUGGGCCAUCGAGCGAAGUUCAACCUCGAUGUCUCGUGGGGGACGGAGUAGCCGGGCGCGUCGCUCAAAGAGACGCGCGGAAUCAGAAUCAACUCUUACUUCUGCACGGGGUUACAGGUUAGAACGAAGGGCCUUUGCAGAGCUGGGUGGUGGCAUUGACGGGGGUGGCACAAUACGCCUUGCGGAGUUAAAACGCCUUCUGAGGGCCUGCAGUUUCUUUGUGGACGUUGAGGCGGUUGUUGGCCGCGUCAUUGACCUGGAACGAACCGGGAGGAUCACCUUCAAGGAGUUCCUCUGGGUGCUGGAGUGCAGUGUGUCGGGCAAGGUGCCGGCGUCGGCGAUUCGACGCUUUCUCGCCGUCCCCACGGCUGCGGGAGGCAGCUCUGCCGGCACCCCAACGCCCCGCCCGCAGUCGGGUCGUCAGCCGAGUCCCACGACAAAGUGGCUGCGAGGCCGAUCCAAAACUCAAGUUGUGCUCCCACCGUUGCAGCGCGGCCAGUCGCGGCGGGGACGGGCCCUCACGAAGGGAAAAAGCCGCGCGGGCACCAAGGCGACCCUUAAUCGGCGGUUGCUCGAGGAGCUGAAGCAGAUUUCAUCGCUGAAUCUCUUGCGUCUGUCGCCCUACUCAGGCAGCUGGGAGCCGGAGCUGUUGUUGGCGUCCCACGCCCGCCCGAAGAAACAACGGCGUCGCAAGACGCACUCCACCCGUUCCAUGUCGACUUCUCCGCGUUCACCUUCUCCCCGAGCGAAGAGUGCCGGCGUACUGAGUCCCCGACGUAUAACCUUCGGCAGCAGGCCCCAGGACGAACAUCAUCGCACCACCACUACUGAGUUUCAAGUCCUCCGUGACCGACAGUUGCAGCUGACCAAAAGGCUCGACGUGCUUACGGGGCUCCCGGUGAGUCCACGCAAUUUCCAGCAGCGGCAGGAAGAGUUGCUCGGUGUGCAAAAGGAGCUAAAUUCUGUGCUUGGCCAAAUUACGACCGCGCUUCGUGAUAUGUCAGUGUGA